AUGUUCCAAGUUCCCUUGCUCCUGACCACUACUAACUCACUGGUCACCUACCCACUUCUCUCAUGGCUGGACCCCUUUCUCCAAAGGUCCAACAGCCAGCUGCCACCAUGUUACGUUAUGCCUUCUUGUCUGGAGGAAAUCUCUUCCAGCUUCUUGUCUGGAGGAACUCUCUUCCAGUUUCUUGCCUGGAGAAACUCUCUUCCAGCUUCUUGCCUGGAGAAACUCUCUUUCAGCUUCUUGUCUGGAGGAACUCUCUUCCACUUCUUGCCUGGAGAAACUCUUCCAGCUUCUUGUCUGGAGGAUUUUCUCUUCCAGCUUCUUGCCUGGAGAAACUCUCUUCCAGCUUCUUGUCUAGAGCAGAACCACUUCCAGUUUCUUGUCUCAAGGAACUCUUCUAGCUCCCUUGCCUGGAGAAACUCUCUUUCAGCUUCUUGCCUGGAGAAACUCUCUUCCAGCUUCUUGUCUGGAGGAACUCUCUUCCAGUUUCUUCUCUGGAGGAACUCUCUUCUAGCUCCUUGCCUGGAGAAACUCUCUUUCAGCUUCUUGCCUGAGAAACUCUCUUCCAGCUUCUUGUCUGGAGGAACGCUCUUCCAGUUUCUUGCCUGGAGAAACUCUCUUUCAGCUUCUUGCCUGAGAAACUCUCUUCCAGCUUCUGUGUGGAGGAACUCUCUUCCACUUCUUGCCUGGAGAAACUCUCUUCCAGCUUCUUGUCUGGAGGAAGUCUCUUCCAGUUUCUUGCCUGAAACUCUCUUCCAGCUUCUUGCUUGGAGAAACUCUCUUCCAGUUUCUUGUCUGGAGGGACUCUCUUUAGCUCCUUGCCUGGAGAAACUCUCUUCCAGCUUCUUGCCUGGAGAAACUCUCUUUCAGCUUCUUGCCUGGAGAAACUCUCUUUCAGCUUCUUGCCUGGAGAAACUCUCUUCCAGUUUCUUGUCUGGAGGAACUGUCUUCCAGCUUCUUGCCUGGAGAAACUCUCUUCCAGCUUCUUGCCUGGAGAAACUCUCUUUCAGUUUCUUGCCUGGAGAAACUCUCUUCCAGCUUCUUGCCCGGAGAAACUCUCUUUCAGCUUCUUGCCUGGAGAAACUCUCUUCCAGCUUCUUGCCUGGAGAAACUCUCUUCCAGCUUCUUGUCUGGAGGAACUCUCUUCCAGUUUCUUGCCUGGAGAAACUCUCUUCCAGCUUCUUGCUUGGAGAAACUCUCUUCCAGCUUCUUGUCUGGAGAAACUCUUUUCCAGUUUCUUGUCUGGAGGAACUCUCUUCUAACUCCUUGCCUGGAGAAACUCUCUUUCAGCUUCUUGCCUGGAGAAACUCUCUUUCAGCUUCUUGCCUGGAGAAACUCUCUUCCAGCUUCUUGUCUGGAGGAACUGUCUUCCAGCUUCUUGCCAGGAGAAAAUCUCUUCCAGCUUCUUGCCUGGAGAAACUCUCUUUCAGUUUCUUGCCUGGAGAAACUCUCUUUCAGCUUCUUGCCUGGAGAAACUCUCUUCCAGCUUCUGGUCUGGAGGAACACUCUUCCAGUUUCUUGCCUGGAGAAAUUCUCUUCCAGUUUCUUGCCUGGAGGAACUCUCUUCCAGCUUCUUGUCUGGAGGAACUCUCUUCCAGUUUCUUGCCUGGAGAAACUCUCUUCCAGUUUCUUGCCUGGAGAAACUCUCUUUCAGCUUCUUGCCUGGAGAAACUCUCUUCCACUUCUUGCCUGGAGAAACUCUCUUUCAGGUUCUUGCCUGGAGAAACUCUCUUCCAGCUUCUUGUCUGGAGGAAUUGUCUUCCAGGUUCUUGCCAGGAGAAACUCUCUUCCAGCUUCUUGCCUGGAGAAACUCUCUUUCAGUUUCUUGCCGGGAGAAACUCUCUUCCAUUUUCUUGCCUGGAGAAACUCUCUUUCAGCUUCUUGCCUGGAGAAACGCUCUUCCAGUUUCUUGUCUGGAGAAACUCUCUUUCAGCUUCUUGCCUGGAGAAACUCUCUUCCAGCUUCUUGUCUGGAGGAACUCUCUUCCAGUUUCUUGCCUGGAUAAACUCUCUUCCAGCUUCUUGCCUGGAGAAACUCUCUUCCAGCUUCUGGUCUGGAGGACUCUCUUCCAGUUUCUUGCCUGGAGAAACUCUCUUUCAGCUUCUUGCCUGGAGAAACUCUCUUCUAGCUCCUUGCCUGGAGAAACUCUCUUUCAGCUUCUUGCCUGGAGAAACUCUCUUCCAGCUUCCUGUCUGGAGGAACUCUCUUCCAGUUUCAUGCCUGGAGAAACUCUCUUCCAGCUUCUUGCCUGGAGGAACUCUCUUUCAGCUUCUUGCCUGUCUGGAGAAACAUUCUUCCUCUUCCAGAUUCUUGUCUGGAGGAACUCUCUUCCAGAUUCUUGCCUGGAUAAACUCUCUUUCAGCUUCUUGCCUGGAGAAACUCUCCUCCAGUUUCUUGUCUGGAGGAACUCUCUUCCAGUUUCUUGCCUGGAGAAACUCUCUUCCAGCUUCUUGUCUGGAGGAACUCUCUUCCAGUUUCUUGCUUGGAGAAACUCUCUUCCAGGUACUUGCCUGGAGAAACUCUCUUCCAGUUUCUUGUCGGGAGGGACUCUCUUCUAGCUCCUUGCCUGGAGAAACUCUCUUUCAGCUUCUUGCCUGGAGAAACACUCUUCCAGCUUCUUGCCUGGAGAAACUCUCUUCCAGCUUCUUGUCUGGAGGAACUCUCUUCCAGUUUCUUGUCUGGAGGAAAUCUCUUCUAGCUCCUUGCCUGGAGAAACUCUCUUUCAGCUUCUUGCCUGGAGAAACUCUCUUCCAGCUUCUUGUCUGGAGGAAGUCUCUUCCACUCCUUGCCUGGAGAAACUCUCUUCCAGCUUCUUGCCUGGAGAAACUCUCUUUCAGCUUCUUGCCUGAGAAACUGAGUUUUCAGCUUCUUGCCUGGAGAAACUCUCCAGUUUCUUGUCUGGAGGAACUGUCUUCCAGCUUCUUGCCUGGAGAAACUCUCUUCCAGCUUCUUGCCUGGAGAAACUCUCUUUCAGUUUCUUGCUUGAGAAACUCUCUUCCAGCUUCUUGCCCGGAGAAACUCUCUCUUUCACCUUCUUGCCUGGAGAAACUCUCUUCUUCUUGCCUGGAGAAAUUCUCUUCCAGCUUCUUGUCUGGAGGAAAUUCCAGUUUCUUGCCUGGAGAAACUCUCUUCCAGCUUCUUUGUCUGGAGGAACUCUCUUCCAGUUUCUUGCUUGGAGAAACUCUCUUCCAGGUUCUUGCCUGGAGAAACUCUCUUCCAGUUUCUUGUCAGGAGGGACUCUCUUCUAGCUCCUUGCCUGGAGAAACUCUCUUUCAACUUCUUGCCUGGAGAAACACUCUUCAGCUUCUUGCCUGGGAGAAACUCUCUUCCAGCUUCUUGUCUGGAGGAACUCUCUUCCAGUUUCUUUGUCUGGAGGAAAUCUCUUCUAGUUCCUUGCCUGGAGAAACUCUCUUUCAGCUUCUUGCCUGGAGAAACUCUCUUCCAGCUUCUUGUCUGGAGGAAGUCUCUUCCAGUUUCUUGCCUGGAGAAACUCUCUUCCAGCUUCUUGCUUGGAGAAACUCUCUUCCAGUUUCUUGUCUGGAGAAACUCUCUUCUAGCUUUCUUGCUCCUUGCCUGGAGAAACUCUCUUCCAGCUUCUUGCCUGGAGAAACUCUCUUUCAGCUUCUUGCCUGGCCUGGAGAAAUUCUCUUUCCAGUUUCUUGUCUGGAGGAACUGUCUUCCAGCUUCUUGCUUCUUGUCUGGAGAAAUUCUCUUUCAGUUUCUUGCCUAGAGAAACUCUCUUCCAGCUUCUUGCCUUUUUUUCUCUUCCAGCUUCUUGUCUGGAGGAACUCUCUUCCAGUUUCUUGCCUGGAGAAACUCUCUUCCAGCUUCUUGCUUGGAGAAACUCUCUUCCAAGCUCUCUUCUUGUCUGGAGAAACUCUCUUCCAAAAGGUUCUUGCCUCUCUUUCAGCUUCUUGCCUGGAGAAACUCUCUCUUCAGCUUCUUGCCUGGAGAAACUCUCUUCCAGAUUCUUGUCUGAGGAACUCUGGAGGAAUUGUCUUUCAGCUUCUUGCCUGGAGUCUUUCUCUCUUCCAGCUUCUUGCCUGGAGAAACUCUUCGGUUUCAGUUUCUUGCCUGGAGAAACUCUCUCUUCCAGCUUCUUGCUUCCCUGGAGAAAUCUCUUUCAGCUUCUUGCCUGGAGAAACUCUCUUCCAGCUUCUUGCCUGGAGAAACUCUCUUCCAGCUUCUUGUCUGGAGGAACUCUCUUCCAGUUUCUUGCCUGGAGAAACUCUCUUCCAGCUUCUUGCUUGGAGAAACUCUCUUCCAGCUUCUUGUCUGGAGAAACUCUUUUCCAGUUUCUUGUCUGGAGGAACUCUCUUCCUAACUCCUUGCCUGGAGAAACUCUUCAGUUUUUGCCAGCUUCUUGCCUGGAGAACUCUCUUCUUCUUUCAGCUUCUUGCCUGGAGAAACUCUCUUCCAGCUUCUUGUCUGGAGGAACUGUCUUCCAGCUUCUUGCCAGGAGGAAAAUCUCUUUCCAAACUCUUUCUUGCCUGGAGAAACUCUCUUUCAGUUUCUUGCCUGGAGAAACUCUCUUUUCAGCUUCUUGCCUGGAGAAACUCUCUUCCAGCUUCUGGUCUGGAGGAACACUCUUCCAGUUUCUUGCCUGGAGAAAUUUCUUCCAGUUUCUUGCCUGGAGGAACUUAUUCUUCCAGCUUCAGUUUUGUCUGGAGGAACUCUCUUCCACAUUUCUUGCCUGGAGAAACCGGUUUCUUUCCAGAAACUCUCUUCCAGUUUCUUGCCUGGAGAAACUCUCUUUCAGCUUCUUGCCUGGAGAAACUCUCUUCCAGUUCUUGCCUGGAGAAACUCUCUUCCAGCUUCUUGUCUGGAGGAAUUGUCUUCCAGGUUCUUGCCAGGAGAAACUCUCUUCCAGCUUCUUGCCUGGAGAAACUCUCUUUCAGUUUCUUGCCGGGAGAAACUCUCUUCCAUUUUCUUGCCUGGAGAAACUCUCUUUCAGCUUCUUGCCUGGAGAAACGCUCUUCCAGUUUCUUGUCUGGAGAAACUCUCUUUCAGCUUCUUGCCUGGAAAGCUCUCUUGCCAGCUUCUUGUCUUGGAGGAACUCUCUUCCAGUUUCUUGCCUGGAUAAACUCUCUUCCAGCUUCUUGCCUGGAGAAACUCUCUUCCAGCUUCUGGUCUGGAGGAACUCUCUUCCAGUUUCUUGCCUGGAGAAACUCUCUUUCAGCUUCUUGCCUGGAGAAACUCUCUUUCAGCUUCUUGCCUGGAGAAACUCUCUUCCAGCUUCUUGUCUGGAGGAACUGUCUUCCAGCUUCUUGCCUGGAGAAACUCUCUUCCAGCUUCUUGCCUGGAGAUACUCUCUUUCAGUUUCUUGCCUGGAGAAACUCUCUUUCAGCUUCUUGCCUGGAGAAUCUUUCUUCAAGUUUCUUGCUUGAAGAAACUCUCUUCAAGUUUCUUGCCUGGAGAAACUCUCUUUCAGCUUCUUGUCUGGAGGAACUCUCUUCAAGUUUCUUGCUUGGAGAAACUCUCUUCAAGUUUCUUGCCUGGAGAAACUCUCUUUCAGCUUCUUGCCUGGAGAAACACUCUUCCAGCUUCUUGUCUGGAGGAACUCUCUUCCAGUUUCUUGCCUGGAGAAACUCUCUUCCAGCUUCUUGCCUGGAGAAACUCUCUUCCAGCUUCUUCUCCUUGCCUGGAGAAACUCUCUUUCAGCUUCUUGCCUGGAGAAACUCUCUUCCAGUUUCUUGCCUGGAGAAACUCUCUUCCAGCUUCUUGCCUGGAGAAACUCUCUUCCAGCUUCUUGUCUGGAGGAACUCUCUUCCAGUUUCUUGCCUGGAGAAACUCUCUUCCAGCUUCUUGCCUGGAGAAACUCUCUUCCAGUUUCUUGUCGGAAGGGACUCUCUUCUAGCUCCUUGUCUGGAGAAACUCUCUUUCAGCUUAUGUCUGGAGGAACUCUCUUCCAGCUUCUUGCCUGGAGAAACUCUCUUCCAGCUUAUGUCUGGAGGAACUCUCUUCCAGUUUUUUGCCUGGAGAAACUCUCUUCCAGUUUCUUGCCUGGAGAAACUCUCUUCCAGCUUCUUGUCUGGAGAAACUCUCUUCCAGCUUCUUGCCUGGAGAAACUCUCUUUCAGCUUCUUGCCUGGAGAAACUCUCUUCCAGCUUCUUGUCUGGAGGAACUCUUCUCUUCCAGCUUCUUGCCUGGAGAAACUCUCUUCCAUCUUCUUGCCUGAGAAACUCUCUUCCAGCUUAUGUCUGGAGGAACUCUCUUCCAGUUUCUUGUCUGGAGGAACUCUCUUCCAGCUUCUUGUCUGGAGAAACUCUCUUCCAGCUUCUUGCCUGGAGAAACUCUCUUUCAGCUUCUUGCCUGGAGAAACUCUCUUCCAGCUUCUUGUCUGGAGGAACUCUCUUCCAGUUUCUUGCCUGGAGAAACUCUCUUCCAGUUUAUGUCUGGAGGAACUCUCUUCCAGUUUCUUGUCUGGAGAAACUCUCUUCCAGCUUCUUGCCUGGAGAAACUCUCUUCCAGCUUCUUGUCUGGAGGAACUCUCUUCCAGCUUCUUGUCUGGAGGAACUCUCUUCUAGCUCCUUGCCUGGAGAAACUCUCUUUCAUCUUCUUGCCUGGAGAAACUCUCUUCCAGUUUCUUGUCUGGAGGAACUCUCUUCCAGUUUCUUGCCUGGAGAAACUCUCUUCCAGCUUCUUGCCUGGAGAAACUCUCUUCCAGCUUCUUGCAUGGAGAAACUCUCUUUCAGCUUCUUGCCUGGAGGAACUCUCUUCCAGCUUCUUGCCUGGAGAAACUCUCUUUCAGCUUCUUUGUCUGGAGGAACUCUCUUCCAGCUUCUUGCCUGGAGAAACUCUCUUCCAGCUUCUUGCCUGGAGAAACUCUCUUCCACUUCUUGCCUGGUGAAACUCUCUUCCAGCUUCUUGUCUGGAGGAACUCUCUUCCAGUUUCUUGCCUGGAGAAACUCUCUUUCAGCUUCUUGCCUGGAGAAACUCUCUUCCAGCUUCUUGCCUGGAGAAACUCUCUUCCAGCUUCUUGUCUGGUGGAACUCUCUUCCAGUUUCUUAUUCUUGUCUGGAGAAACUCUCUUCCAGCUUCUUGUCUGGAGGAACUCUCUUCCAGCUUCUUGCCUGGAGAAACUCUCUUCCAGCUUCUUGCCUGGAGAAACUCUCUUCCAGCUUCUUGUCUGGAGGAACUCUCUUCCAGCUUCUUGCCUGGAAACUCUCUUUCAGCUUCUUGAAAAAGAAACUCUCUUCCAGCUUCUUGUCUGGAGGAACUCUCUUCCAGCUUCUUGCCUGGGAAACUCUCUUUCAGCUUCUUGCCUGGAGAAACUGCCUCUCUUCCAGCUUCUUGUCUGGAGGAACUCUCUUCCAGCUUCUUGUCUGGAGGAACUCUCUUUCAGCUUCUUCUCCGGAGGAACUCUUUUCCAGUUUCUUGUCUGGAGGAACUCUCUUCUAG